UUACGUUAAUGAUAAAUGUACUGCUAUAUAAAGCUGUCGUCUUAUAACGGUUUGAAUCAAUAUUCGGCGACCUCUUUUAAAAAUGUUUAGCUGUGAUAAAUGUGAUAAAACUUUUUCUGUAAAAAGAUAUUUAGUAAGGCACCGAGUAAAACACGAUAGGAUUAGAUUUCCGUGUCAUGUAUGCGGUUCAACAUUAUCAGAUAAAAACUCACUCGUACGUCACAUUCAAAAAGUGCAUCAUCUCACAAAAUACGGAAUUGAUUAUAAUAUAGCGAUCGGAAAUCAUCCGGAUUCGAGAACAUUACAGUCGUGUGGAAAUGAACGGCCGAGUACGAGCGGGACGAAAAGAAAUUAUAAUACGGUUAGUAGUGUACGGAUUAAACAGCGGCGAUUAGAUCAAAUUUCAUCAUCGACUUUUCAAUUAAUAGGCACCUCGUUAGACAAUAUCUUUUGGUUUUAUAAAAAAAAUGUGGAAAAAAUUGACGGUUAUAAAUCAUUUUUAUUUCAAAUAAAAAACGAAUUAAUAAAUAAAUUAUACGAGUGUUUGGAAAACUUUGGUCCGAUCAAAUUCAAUUUAAAAUUGGAAGCCACUUACAAUGUACCGAAUCAGUGUGACACGAACGAGAAUCGAUCUUUUAAAACUAGUGCCGUGGAAUUAUUUGCCUGUAGUGAUAUCAGUACGAUUGUCGAUAACGCGUUUGAAAAAUUAAUCGAAGAAGAGGAGAAUUACGCGGGCAAGGGGAGCAAUUUUUCGUUUUUAUGUAUAGACGGGAUACUUCUCGGCGUUUACAAAUAUUCUCCGUUGUCGGCAAACUCUUUUAUUGAAUUACCGAAAGAUAUUAAAAAUAAGUGCGCUGUUAUAAAUCCGCAAAAUAUCGAUUCUUUUUGCUUUAAAUGGGCGAUAUUGGCUAAAAAAAUGAGAGGAAAAAAUAAUGCUAAUAUUGUCGGACAUAAUUACAAGUCAUUAAAACACGAUUAUAAUUUUUCCGGACUAACAUUCCCCACGCCUAUUGACGAAAUAAAAACGUUUGAAAAAAAUAACGAAAACACAUCGGUUAAUGUGUACGGAUUGAGUAGUAAAAAACGAAAUGGCGAUGAGGAGAGAAACGGUAUGUCGCAUUUAGUUUAUCCGUUGAGGGUGGUUACCGAGGAAAAAUCGGAUCAUUUCGAUUUACUAUUGGUGUCCAACAGUACCGGCGGUAAUCAUUACGCGUACAUAACAGAUUUUGGGCGUUUAGUACAGAGCCAGAUGACUAAAAAUACAUCUAAAAUGGUGUUUUGCAAAAGAUGUUUUUUGGGUUUUAAUUUCAUUCGUAAAAAAUAUAAACUUUCCGGUUUUGAAGCAUUAAAAGAACAUAAAAAAAUCUGCGGAGAAAAUAAAUCAUUUUUACCCAUCAUGCCGGAGGAGGGAACUACAUUACAAUUUGAAGCAUUCGAAAAAAUGCAGGAACAUCCUUUUUCAAUUUACUGCGAUUUUGAAUCGUUAUUAGAACGAGUAGACAAAAAAAUGGGUGAUAAUACCCGCGCCAUUCAAGAACACAAACCGAUGAGCUAUUGUUUUCUAAUAAAAGCGGCUGACAGUGUGCCCGUAGAAUUAUUGAAUCGCUUUGAUAUCAGCACAGAACCGAAAAUAUACAGAGGCAACAGCGGGUCGAAUGAUGUUGCCGCUCGGUUUGUGAAAGAAGUGUGCGAAGAAGCGCUAAAAAUCGAAGCGCUGUUGAAAACAAAUGUCGGUAUCGUCAUGACCGACGAAGAAACGGCGGUACACGCAAUGAAAACAAAUUGCGAUCUGUGUAAAAUGGAAUUCAGCGAUGAGAAUUACAAAGUGGCCGAUCACAAUCACUUGAGCGGUAAAUAUAGACAUACUUUAUGCAAUAAUUGUAAUCUUAAAUUAAAAACACCUACAUUCGUACCGUGUUUUUUUCACGGGUUAAGCAACUACGACGCUCAUUUUCUCGUGCGAGAAUUAAGUUUUUCAAAAGGACGAAUUUCUCUAAUACCGUCUACCGAAGAAAAAUAUAUAAGUUUUUCAAAAUAUGUUUCCAACACGUUCACUGUGAGAUUCGUCGACACGUAUAGGUUCAUGGGCACCAGUUUGGCCACACUUGCAAACAAUUUACGCGCUGCCGGUAAACAUCUAUUCGAGGAAACGGCAAAAGUAUUUUCGGCAGAGAAUNAGAAACGGAAAAAGUAUUUUCGGCAGAGAAUAUCGAUUUGGUCACACGCAAAGGUGUUUACCCGUAUUCCUUUACGAGUAAUUACGAUGUGCUGGAAACUACUGAAUUGCCGAGUAAAAAAGACUUUUAUAAUGAAUUGA